UGAAUUGGGUGUAGCUGUGUCUGUGUGCGCCUUGGCCAAUGGAACCAGAUCCUCCCUGCAGUGCGUAAGAGCGCGAUUUAGGAUUUAACCAAGUCUUUGCUGCGGGGCUGGCUGCAGUCUUCACCAGAGCCCGACGGCCCAGGAACCUUCCGACGAUGUCAGUGUAGUUUUCACACCGCUUUGGAGUUAGACAGCUUCUUUUUGAUUAUAAAAGACAACAAAAUCCACUCGUUUCUUCGCAAAGUAUGACUGGAGUAUUCGACCGGAGGAUCUCGAGUGUGAAACCUUCAGACUUCCAGAGCUCUUUUCAACUCUCCACCAUGCACCAUCCGUCUCAGGAAUCUCCUACUUUACCCGAGUCCUCCGCCACGGAUUCUGGCUACUACAGUCCGGCCGCUGGAGUCACUCAUGGCUACUGCUCGCCCAGUUCCACGUCGUACGGGAAACCACUCAAUGCCUACCAGUUCCAAUACCCGGGAGUCAAUGGAUCCGCUGGAAAUUACGCGACAAAAUCCUACACUGAUUACAGCUCGUACACGACCCCCGCCUACCACCAGUAUGCUGGGACUUACAGCAGAGUGCAAGCCCAGCCGAGUCCUCAAGAAAAAGAGAUAAGCGAGCCUGAGGUGAGGAUGGUGAACGGGAAGCCGAAGAAAGUGAGGAAACCUCGGACCAUCUACUCCAGUUUUCAGCUGGCCGCCCUGCAGAGGCGCUUUCAGAACACACAGUACCUGGCCCUGCCGGAGAGAGCCGAGCUUGCUGCUUCACUGGGACUGACGCAAACACAGGUUAAAAUCUGGUUCCAGAACAGGAGAUCAAAAUUGAAGAAGAUCAUGAAAAAUGGCGAGCUUCCCCCGGAGCACAGCCCCAGCUCCAGCGACCCCAUGGCGUGCAACUCCCCACAGUCCCCGGCCGUUUGGGACACACAGGGCCCCUCGAGGCCGCACAGCCUGCAGCCGCAAAGCAUCAACACUACGGCGGCUAACUUUUUGGAAAACGCGAGUUCAUGGUACACCUCUGCCGGCAGCUCCAUGACUUCCCACCUGCAGACCCCUAACUCGAUACAGCACUCGUUGGCUCUUGGAGCAGGGACGUUAUAUUGAAAAAAAAAAAAAAAAAGCAACACAAACCGGUUGUUCAUUUCAAGUAUUUUUUUUCUCCUCCUUCUAUGGGACUCGUGUUCAAAUUUCAGAGGAAUAUGCAAUGUAUUUGAUGACAGUCAUAGAAGAAACGUGUAUAAUGUGUAAAUGUGUGCAUGUAAUUUAUUGCAUUUUUUUUUUGGAAGACUAUUAAACGUUUAAAUGGACAAUGGACCUUUGAACCUUC